CACCACCACACACGAUGGCUUCUUCGAGUUUCCAAAACCUCAAAACAACGAGGUUGCUGAAAUCGUGUUCGAAUACGAGCAAAUCAUAAUCACGAUGCCUCAAGUGCUAAAUCCAAUCUUGCCCGGGUUCAAUGCGGACCCUUCGAUCCUUCGGGUUGGCGAUGACUACUACAUCGCGACCUCGACUUUCGAAUGGUUUCCAGGAGUUCAGAUCCAUCAUUCCAAAGAUCUGGCCAAUUGGGAUCUCGUCACUAGGCCUUUGACUCGCAAAGCUCAGCUGGAUAUGCGAGGAAACCCGGACAGCUGCGGUGUUUGGGCUCCUUGUUUAACGCACGACGGCGAUAAGUUCUGGCUCGUGUAUACCGAUGUCAAGCGCAAGGAUGGCGCGUUCAAAGAUACGCCCAACUAUAUUGUGACUGCACCUAAGAUCGAGGGACCGUGGUCGGAUCCCGUCUAUAUCAACUCCUCCGGCUUUGACCCCUCAUUGUUCCACGAUGAUGACGGGAAAAAGUGGUUCGUCAAUAUGCUGCAGGAUCACCGAAGAAAACCAAACUUCUUCGCCGGCAUCAGACUCCAGGAAUACGACCCGAAGCAGGAAAAGCUCGUCGGCCCAAUGAAGACCAUCUUCUAUGGAACGGAACUGAAUCUUGUCGAAGGCCCACAUCUCUACAAGCGGAACGGCUGGUACUUCCUCUUGACCGCCGAAGGAGGAACAGGAUACGGUCACGCAUGCACUCUCGCUCGCUCCCGCGACAUCUGGGGCCCAUACGAAGUCCACCCCCAGAACCCCAUCCUCUCAUCCAGAGACCAACCCCUCGCAGCACUCCAAAGAGCAGGCCACGGCGACAUCGUCGACACUCCAGACGGCAAAACAUACCUCGUCCACCUCUGCGGGCGGCCAACCACUCAGCUCCGUCGCAGCGUCCUCGGCCGCGAAACCAGCAUCCAAGAAGCAUACUGGGACAAAGACGACUGGCUGUACGUCAAGAACGGACCCGUUCCAUCCCUCUACGUCGACCUCCCCGCCGCCCGCGACGACACCAAAUACUGGUCCGAGCAACGCUACACCUUCGACGCCUCGACGGGCCUGCACAAGGACUUCCAAUGGCUGCGCACCCCAGAACCCGAGCGCAUCUUCCGCAUCACGUCGUCGAACCAGCUCGAGCUCACGGGCCGCGAAGGCAUGGGCGGCUGGUUCGAGCAAGCCCUCGUCGCAAGACGCCAAACGCACUUCUCGUACGACGCCGAGACGGUCGUGGAUUUCAGCCCAGACGACGAGCGCCACAUGGCCGGUUUGACGGCGUACUACUGCCGCUUCAACUUCUUCUACCUCGCUGUAUCGGCCGGCGCGGAUGGGAACCGCGAGAUCCUAAUCGUCUCGUCCGAAGCCUCGUAUCCCAACGCCCACUUCAAACUCCCCUUGCCCGACGCCGUGCCGAUUCCGCAAGAGGGCAAAGUCAGGCUCGCUCUCAGCAUUCGUGGGAAUAGGCUGCAGUUCUCGUAUGCGUUGGAAGGCGAGGCCGAGUUGAAGAAUAUCGGGCCUGUGUAUGAUGCCAGUAUUGUGUCGGAUGAGUGUGGUGGGCACCCUAAUGAUGGGAGUUUCACCGGCGCUUUUGUGGGCGUUGCGUGUAGCGAUUUGAACCGUGCGGAGAAGACGGCUGCGUUUGAUUACUUUGUGUACAGGCCGGUUAAGUAUAGGACUGAUCGCUAUGAGGUUUGAGGUUGUUG